CCAAUAAGGUCUGAAUUUGUCUAAUAAGGUAGGGCACUGAUAAGGGGUUGAAGGCUAUGGGAUCUUGGAUUGCUCCUGUUCGCCGCUCUUCCGUCCUCUCGUCGACUGCGCGUCUCUUGGCGCAGUCCGGAACCAAAUUCUGCCGCUUGCCUCUGGCCGCACGCAGUCCACGAACAACACCACCACCAGCACCACGGCGCCGUCCCUGCCAAACGUCGCCGGUAUCCAUUUUACUAAGGGAAGUUUCAAUCCCAGACCACGUGUCCGCCUCCUGUGACAUCACGCGCCAACCCUUCCCCCCCAUCGGAACGACGGCGGCGCCUCCCUGAGCAAGGUGGCGGCCCGGCGGCCACCCUCGCACCUCCGCGUAGCGCGGCCGCACGGAUGGCGACCGCGGCGGGCAUGGCCGCGCCGGAGACUGCGGAGGCGCGGGGACCCCGAGAGGACCCCGAGGGAGGAGAGGGGGGACCCGAGAAUGGCCCCCAGGGAGGCGCAGAUCCCAAUGGGAACCCCGAGGGAGGAGAGAGGGCAUCGGGAAAGGACUCCGAGGGAGACAGGGAUGCUGGUGGAGGCCCAGUGGGAGAAGGCGCGCGUGCUGACUCGGAGUCCCCAGGUGCCUCUGCUGCCCCUGAGGCCCCUGCUGCCCCUGAGGCCCCUGCUGCCCCUGAGGCCCCUGCUGCCCCUGAGACCCCUGCUGCCCCUGAGGCCCCUGCUGCCCCUGAGACCCCUGCUGCCCCUGAGGCCCCUGCUGCCCCUGAGGCCCCUGCUGCCCCUGAGGCUCCUGCUGCCCCUGAGGCCCCUGCUGCCCCUGAGACCCCUGCUGCCCCUGAGGCCGAGAGCGGCGGGUUCAAGAAGCCGCUGCUCCCCGCGGCUGCGCUGUCGGGGCCGCUCCCGCGCAGAGCCAAGAAGCCGCCCGGGGAAGCGGUCCCCGCUGGGCCCCAGGGUCCCGGAGACGCAGCGGCGCGGGGCUACGCCGGGGAGGCGGAGCAAGUGAGCGGCCCCAGUUGCCGGGGCCCGGCCCGCGGGCCCGACGUCGGCUCCCAGCGGCAGCAGCAUCCCGCGGAGCCCCCGCUGGAGUACACGGAGCCAGCUUGGGGUGGCGAGGCGGGCGAGGCGGCCGUGCCAUUCGGCCUGGAGGUGCUCAAGGGCGGCACCGUGGUGGGUUCGGUGCCGCUCACGGGCGCCAGCUACUUCGUGGUGGGACGGCUUGAGUCGUGUUCCGUGCGGCUGGAGCACCCCUCCGUGUCGCGCCGCCACGCCGUGCUGCAGCACCGCGCGCACGGGCUGCCCGAGCAGCGCGGCCUCUACCUGUACGACCUGGGCAGCAGCCACGGCUCGUUCGUCAACAAGGCGCGCGUGGAGCCGCGCCACUUCCACCGCGUGCGCGUGGGACACGUGCUGCGGUUUGGCGGCAGCACGCGCCUGCUGGUGCUGCAGGGCCCCAGCGAGGACGAGGAGGCGGAGGCGGAUGAGACGCCCACGGAGCUGCAGGAGCUGAAUCGGCGCCAGCGUGUGGAGCUUGAGCGGCGCAUGCUCGGGGACGAGGACGACGAGGAUGAUCAAGACGAGGACAAAGAGAGCAAAGGCCACGCGAAGAGGGCGCGUGGAGGCAAGGCCGCUGCAGCCAAAGCCAGCGGCAGCGAGGAAUACACUGGCUGCACGUGGGGCAUGGACAUGGAUGACGCGGACGAGGAGGAAGAGGAGAAGGAAGAGGAGGAUGAGGAGAACCCGUUUGCUGCUGGAUUCCUAGAGGAGAAGGAGGCUUUCUACGUGAAGGACCCCAAAAAGGCCUUGAAGGGAUUCUUUGACCGUGAAGGUUUGGAGCUGGAGUACGAGUUCGACCAGCAAGCCCACGGGAGCUGGCUGUGCCGCGUCAGCCUCCCUGUGGAGGACGCAAGCGGCCACGAGGUGAUGGCUGAGGUCGUGACCACGGGGAAGAAGAAGGAUGCGGUGGUCCAGUGCGCGCUGGAGGCGUGCCGAAUGUUGGACGCCCGCGGCAUGCUGCGCCAGGAGGCCGUGAGCCGCAAGCGGAAGUCCAAGGACUGGGAGGAGGCGGAUUAUUACGACAGCGACGAUGACUCCUUCCUGGACCGCACCGGCGUGGUGGAGUACAAGCGCAGAGAGCGCAUGCGCAAGGCCGGCAGGGUGAAGGAUCGUGCCGAGACCUACGACUCACUGGUGGCCAAGCUGGGCGAGGUGGAGCGAGAGCUGGAGGAUGUGGACGGGCAGCUCAAGGUUGCCGCUGAAGCGGCGGCGGCGCGCGAGGCGCAGACCGAGGACUCGCUGGACGCCUACAUGAGCGAGGUGCGUGCGGGCGCCACCCUCGACAUCGCCCAGCGGAAGCGGAUGCGUGUGCGCGCCUUUGAGCUGCGCAAGGAGCAGCAGAGGCUGCGGCGACUGGCGUCCGUGGCGCGGCCCGCGGCGCUGCCCCCGCUGCUGCCCCCGCAGGGGGUGGCCAGCACGGGAGCAGCUGGGGACAAGCCCAAGAAGAUGCUGCCACUCACAGGCGCUAUGCGAGGAGGCAGCCGACUGAGGCUCAAGACGGGCGCUAUCGGGGGCCUCCCUGUGAAGCGCCCGGCGCUGCCCAGCAGCUUGUUCAACACCAAGUCCGCCGCGCCCGAGGAGGAGGAGGAGGAGGAUGAGGAGGAGGAGGAAGACGAGGAAGAGGAGGAGAGGCCAGGGGCGGCGGGGGCACGUCUCGCACCCGGUGGAGACAAGAGGAAGGAGGCGGGGACCCAAGGGAGACCGGCUCACAAUCACCCCUCAAGCACACAGCGCGAUGGGCCCCCCAGCUCCUCUACAGCAAUGGACGGACCCCCCAGCCCUGCCAAGCCAACUGAUAUGACCCCAAGCCACUCUAAGCAGACUUAUGAGCCCUGCAGCUCCUCCACGCUAACAGACGCGCACUCCAGCACCUCCAAGCGGAUGCAUGGCCCCCUCAGCUUGUCCAAGCCGGCGGAUGAGCCCCCCGGCUCCACAACACCAUCGGAUGAACCUGCCGCCACCUCUGAGAAGGCACCAACAAAGAGGAGGAAGUCGUACGGCCAUAAGAAGGGCACCGACGCAGGGACCACCUACCCCCAAAACGACCCCGACUACCACGUGUGGGUCCCUCCUACAGGCCAGACCGGCGAUGGGCGGACUCAUCUCAACGAAAAGUUUGGCUACUAGAGGACACCAACGAUCUCUCGACAAGGCCCCCGUCCACCGACCUCCACACUCUGCCCAGGAGUCAGAAUAUUUAUCCUGGAGGAAUCUGAUGAGCUCAGAAGCGUUUUUUCACAAAUGUCCAGUAGGCGUAAGUCAGCAAGAUUCUAGGGACAUUUUCAAAAUGUGGCAUUCCCUUUUCAAAAAGUCAGGUAUGUAAGUUUAUCAUUUCAUAAUAAAUGUCUUUUCCCGUG